GUUUGUUGUAAGGUAAUAAAUUUUGCAUUAGAUUGAAGUAUAUUGUUACCUUUUAAACAGAUUUAAAGCUAAACACCGCGGUGCACUAUAUUGAUAUGAAUAAUUUUUGUGGCAAAAGAGUUUUAGUUACGGGAGCAGCCCAAGGUAUAGGAUAUGGAAUAACCAAACGAUUAGUGGAACUUGGUGCAACAGUUGUGGCUCUGGAUGUAUCUACGGAAAAACUUGGCCAAUUAAAACAAGAGUUUCCAAAAAUUGAAAAUAUCUCUGUAAAUCUUAAAGACUGGAAUGCAACCAAAAAGGCGGUUACAUCUGUCUUUCCAAUCAACCAUCUCGUUAAUAAUGCUGGUGUUGCAAUUGUAGAACCAUUUUUGGAAGUUUCUGAGAAAAAUUUUGAUGUGUCUUUUGACGUAAAUAUUAAAGCCGUAUUCAACGUAACCCAAACAGUAAUAGAAAACCUAACAUCCACAAAUACUCCAGGAUCUAUUGUAAAUAUUUCUUCGCAAGCUUCCCAAGCAGCCUUAUUCGAACACUCAGUGUAUUGUUCCAGUAAGGGGGCAGUAGAUGCCUUUACUAGGGCCGUUGCCUUGGAAUUUGGGCCAAAAAAUAUUAGAAUUAACGCUGUGAAUCCCACCGUUGUUAUGACAGAAUUGGGCAGGAAAGUUUGGUCGGCUCCAAAAAAAAGUGAACCAAUGUUGGCUAAAAUUCCCAUGAAUAGAUUUGCCAAAAUAGAAGAUGUAGUUGAGGCAGUUAUUUUUCUUUUAAGCGACAAAGCCUCUAUGAUAACUGGAACAUGUUUGCCUGUGGAUGGUGGCUUUUUAGCUUGUUAAAAAUGUAUACGUUUAGUUUAUUCCUUCUGCAAACGACAUGUACACAUUUAUUGCUGUUUCCAUUUUUAUAUUACCUUAAUAAAAAUUGUAGGUAAAGAUGUUUAGGUACUAGUAAA